ACAGCCAUUUCUUCCUACCCUUUCUUCCCUAUUUGUCGUCUCCAGUCCUUGCGAGGCCCAGAUUUCCCAAAUGGACAGAAAAGGAGAUGUAACUGGAGAAAAGCAGUUUCAUUUCAGUAUUGAGACCAUGCAGCCUGCAAUUCAAGUAUGGUUUGGAGAAGACCUGCCUCUAAGUCCACGGAGUCCUCUGACCCCCAGGCACGGGCCAGGUUUGGCUGAUGUUUGUCAGUAUGAUGAGUGGAUAGCUGUGAGGCACGAAGCCACCCUGUUGCCCAUGCAAGAAGACCUGUCCAUCUGGUUAUCUGGUUUAUUAGGUAUUGAAGUUAAGGCAGAAAGAUUAUUGGAAGAACUUGAUAAUGGAGUACUAUUAUGCCAACUGAUUGAUGUUCUUCAAAACAUGGUGAAAACAUGCAACUCUGAAGAACCAGAGAAUUUUCCAAUGAGAAAAGUGCCCUGUAAGAAAGAUGCUGCCUCAGGUUCGUUCUUUGCUAGAGACAAUACCGCGAACUUCCUUCACUGGUGCAGGCACGUUGGGGUUGAUGAGACUUACCUCUUUGAAUCUGAAGGUUUAGUUUUGCAUAAAGAUCCAAGACAGGUGUAUCUUUGUCUUCUUGAAAUUGGUCGAAUUGUGUCAAGAUAUGGGGUUGAGCCACCAGUAUUAGUAAAACUUGAGAAAGAAAUUGAAUUAGAAGAGACCUUACUUAAUACUUCUGGGCCUGAAGAUUCCAUCAGCAUUCCAAAGUCGUGCUGCCAACACGAGGAGCUACAUGAAGCUGUUACACAUAUUGCUGAAGACCCUCCUUGUAGUUGUUCUCAUCGAUUUUCUAUUGAAUACUUAUCUGAAGGACGGUACCGACUAGGGGAUAAAAUACUUUUUAUAAGAAUGCUUCAUGGAAAACAUGUCAUGGUCCGUGUUGGUGGAGGCUGGGAUACUCUCCAAGGAUUUUUGCUUAAAUAUGAUCCCUGUCGAAUAUUGCAGUUUGCUACGCUAGAACAAAAAAUUCUAGCAUUUCAAAAAGGAGUUUCUAAUGAAAGUACACCUGAUUCGCCUGCCAGAACACCUCAGCCUCCUGAAAUGAAUCCGUUGUCAGCAGUCAGCAUGUUUCCGAAACAAAAACCAAGACUUGGCACGCCAGUUGGUAUUCCAAGGAGCAAAGAAAAGCAGGUACGUCCACCAGGUGUGUUGCUGCCAGCCUCUUCCCUGAAAGGAAGUAAUCUGGGCUCUGUGUCAGUCCGUUCUAAAAUGCCAAAUUCACCAGCAGUGCCUUCUCAUCUCAAACUCAAGUCUUCAAAAGGCAUAAUAAAGAAAACACAAGCUCCUUCAAAUAAUGCAUCAUCCUCACUUGCUUCUUUAAAACCAGUAAGUAAAAGCAUUUCUUCACCAGCUUUAUCAAGAACUGCACCUUGUGUAUCGGUGUCAUUGAGAAAAGAUAUCUCAUCACCUAAUACUCGGAAGGCCAAGUUUAUUCCAGCCCAGAAGUCAAGAGAUGUGCCUGAGUCUACACUUUUGCCAAAUAAGUGUUCUGGGAAAACGGAACCAAAGCACUUGAAACACAAUUACAUAUCUUCCAGGGAUAAUGCAGUAUCUCACUCAACUGCACAUUUAACUUCAUCAUCGAAGUGUCCAGAGCUACCUAAACCUUCUCCUUCUGCCCAGGCCCCUGCAAAAAUGACACAAUCCAGUUCCAAAACCAUAACCACAGGUCUAGGAACUCGGUCUCAGCCAUCUGAUGGAGCCCCACCAGCAGGGACAGUGCCAGCACAGAAACUCAAGUCAGCCUUGAAAUUAAACCAGCCACUUGCUGUAUCCUCAGUUGCUCUUGUAAAAGCUGCAGAGGAAUCAAAAGAUAAGAAUAUAGUUUCACGAAAGCAGCCUCAGAGUCAAAGUACAUCCCAGAAUAUAGGACCCAGCUCCUCCAAGUCCCCUGGCCGUACCCCACUGUCCAUCAUGAGUCUUCCUCAGUCUUCUGCCAAAAUACAAACUGUACCAAAGGCAGCACAGACUGCCACUAAGAGCCAGUAUUCAGCCAAAGGGCCUCUCAAAAGUGGCAAAGCCCCAGCUUCAACCAGGAAAUCACCCUCAUCUAGUAAGGACGCCGUCAGUGGAGACAAAAAACCUACUGCAAAGAAAAAGGAAGAUGAUGACCAUUAUUUUGUUAUGACUGGAAGUAAGAAACCUAGAAAAUAAAUACAAAUGUGCUAUUUUAAUAAAACAGGAAAGGAAGAAAGUGACUGUGUUAGCUUCACACCUUAAAAGGUUCUCCUAUUUGUGUUUGUCCAAAUAAGUUCAGACAUUAAGUACAAUAGUAUGGGGGUUGGGGGUCGGGAUGGGGAUAGAGGUUGGGGUGAGGAGACGGCUCAGUAGGGUUUACAUACCUGAAUUUGCCAGAAGGUACCCUUUUGAGGUGCCCUUGGUGAAUUGUAAAAUCACCACAAGGUUAUAGACGUUUAUCUGAUUUUCCUUCCAUAGAAUCUUCAUUAAUAUCUGCCCUUUAAGGGAAAUGUAAAGUCAAAUAACACUACUAGAGCUAUAACUAUAUUUGCUAUAUUUUUGAAUCUGUAUUAAGUAUAGGUUUAUAUAGGUAGGUGAUAUACCAGCUAAUAGCAAUGCGGGUGCUCUUAAUAUUAAUUAUUGCAUUUUAGUAAAAACGGUUUAGCAAUGGUUUGGCACUUGUUUUACACACGACACCUGAUAGAAGUUUCUGAUCAGGAUUGCUGAUCAUACAAUACCAAGUACCAGUGGCUGCUGAAGAUUAGCUUGGCAUUAUUCUGGGUUUGGUAAAAUUCUUACUACUUUUUUUUAAGCUUUCCAAAUCAGAAGGAACUGAUUUUUUAACUGACUUAUAUUAACCUUGGUAGUAUUUUCUUACCAACAUUUUUGGUAGGAAAAAAGAAGAGGAAAGAAAGAAAAAAAUAACAGUAUUGAAGUGUAAACAUAUUUGGUAAACAAGAUUUUUCAUAUAUUAAUUAUAAGAAUUUGCACCUUCUAUUUUAGAUGGAUGGAUGUUGUGCAAUGUGAAAGGGGAAACAUUAGAAACUUUUAGCGUAUUAAAAUACUUUUUAAUAAUGCAGUUUCCUAUGAGUGCAGAUAUGAAUUUUUACAUUAAUGUUUUCAAUCAGAAUUACAUUUUAACAAUUUUAAAAUUACAGUGAUAAAGAAGCUGAGAAUGGUGCUAUAUAAAAAUUCUAUCGGGUGGUUAUUUUUCUUUAGAUAGCACAAUACCAGUUUUAAUUAGAUUCUUCCAACUAACAGUAAUUUUCUUUUAUAAAAUCAUGCUGCCUUCAAGUUUUCAAUGGCAAGCGAACAGUGCAUCUGCAGCAUUUUCUGCUCUGUGGGCAGAUUCUCUGAGGAACAUAUCUAUAUCUAGAUCAUGUGUGACUUCAUAGCUUCCAUUGAUCUAAGAUGAUGUUUGUAAAUAAUUUGUUUUUUAAGAGGUUGUGACUAUUUAAAAAAUUACUAAUGUACUUUCAGAAGUUUUAGGGGUAUGUUUAAUAACUUUACAGUAUUAUCAGUUAUCACAGGUUGUUAUAUUCAAUAAUGAGGUUUGUGUUUCUCUAUUUUAAACUACAAUGUGUUUUCUAAAGAAAAAUAAUGGUUUACACAAAUGUGCAAUCAUAGAACAACCAUCUUAAGCUGACUACUAAUGUUCCAUAGAUUAUAAAGUAAGAAAAAUAUAUAAAACUAAGUGAUCUUUUGUCUGAGCAAUACAGUUAAAAUCAAAGAUAUAUAGAUGUAUGCAAGCCAGAUUUUGGAAUAAUUGAUGCUUCCCUUGAAAGAACCAAAUGUUUGGGUUAGUUCUGUUGAUCUGGGCAUUGAGAGAAAUAAUACAAACAUCUUUGGAAAGUGAAGUCAAUGUUCGAGAAAUGCUAGAAGCUUUACAUUUUUAGUGGUCAGAAAUAUUUAAUGCAUCUUUCAAAGAGAAAGAAUUUUACCUUCAAGAAGGUGUUUUUUCACUUGUGAGAUGAAACAAUACUUCUUUAUAGUAACUUCUAGAACUUAAAAGUAAAUGAUACUACAGCCAACCUAUGAAUCCAAGUAGACUUUACAGUAUGUCAUCAAUAACUUUUGUGUUGAGAGUCAUCAGGAGUAAAAGUAUCCCAUAGACAUCUGUCACAAAUUCCAAGAACUGUUUUUUUUGAAAAAUUGGAAAUUAAUUUAUAAAUAGCCUUAUUUCUUCAUCUGUAGGGAAUUUCUCCGAUUACAUUCAUGUCGAAUGAAUUUUUAAUUAUGUGUAUAGAUUACCUUUCCAAAAUAUACAUUUUUUUAAAUAAACAAUGGCUGAAAGACAUGUACUUUGAAAUGUUAAAGAGCUAGUGCCUCUAAUCAUUUUCACAAUUUUAAAAAUAUAUUGAAGAUGGAAAGAUGUUUUCACUUCUGAAUAUUAGUGCAAGAAUAUAUAAGAUUUUCAUUUAAUAUUUAGUAAGUUAAUAUUAUGCUUAGAUUACUGAAGUAACCAGAGGAAAUAGUAUGUACUUUUAAAAAAGAAUGAAAUAAGGUUGUUUUUUUUGUUUUUGCUAUAAUUGUUAACAUAACUAAUAUGUCAAAUUACUCUCCAGAGGAAAAUGAAAUUCCGAUUAUUUUUACAUUGUUUGGGCUUACAUUAGAUGUUUAAGGCUUAUAUCUUCAAUAUGCCUUGAUAAAUUAGGUGACCUCUAACUUCCCUCUCCACACCGAGUUUGUAGUUAUUGAUGAAGGAAAUUUUUUGAGAAAAAAGUUACUGUUCCUUCUGUAAUCUAUUUCUACUGUUUUAAAAAACGAUUGCUUCUUUAAAAGGCUUCCAUAACAGGCUGUUAUGAUACAUUCUUACAUCCAGGUUCACAUACUGACUCCCUGAAUACAAAUUUGUGUAUAUUUUCUUGAACCAGCAGUGUUUGUAUCAGAUUUUAACUUAUAUUUUCUCAAGUAUUAAAAUUUGAACAUAUAUACCAAGUUCUCAAUUUGUUUCUUCUGUGUGUUCUGAUCACUUGGUUCAUGUGAGAAAUUGCAUAUAUGCAGCAUUCAUAUUGGAGAAUAGUUUUAAUGUUAUUACUAUUUAAAUUGCAUUCUGUAUACUUUGGGAAUUUAUUUCACUGCACCCAGGAUAUUAUAAGGUUAUGCUAUUAAGUAACAGUAUUUGAUCCCCAAAUUGCUAUAUCUGCUAGAAAUUUGUCUUAGUAUGGCUAGACUCAUAUUUAAUAAUCUCAAAUAAUAGAAAUUUAUCAGUUAUUAAAGCAGAAUUCUAUAGAUCACACAAGUAUUGUGUUCACAGAAGGCUACUGAUGGUAGGAAUUUUCUUUAACUCUGUUUUAAUUUCACAGUUAAAUACAGUUAGAAUAUUCUUGAAAAACUAUUUUUCCUAUAUGCAUGAUCAGGGCAAUUAUA